CUCGCAUUUUCUGUUUUAGUUUUUAAUUUUCUUUCGUUCUCUGCCUUAAAAGCAUUUUGCUCUCUCCAUAUCUCUGUUACUCUCAAAUUCUCUCUGCUUCAAAAUACGAAGCCAUGAAGGCACCAAGACCUGCUGUGAUUUCUCACAAAAAGCUUGACGCUGAGAAGUUGAAGGCACGCAAAGUCGAGACCAAAACGCCAAAGGAAAAAACGAGCAAGAAGAACUCCGCUCCGAAGGAUCCUGAUGCUCCGAAGCGUCCUCCCACUGCUUUUUUUGUUUUCAUGGAGGGGUUCAGGAAAUCUUUCAAGGAGAACUUUCCCAAUAACAAAUCUGUUUCAACUGUUGGAAAAGCUGGUGGUGAGAAAUGGAAAUCAAUGUCUGAUUCUGAGAAAGCUCCAUAUGCUGAGAAGGCCUUGAAGAAGAAAGCAGAGUAUGAGAAAGCUGUUGAAGCAUAUAAGAAGAAGCAGAAUUACAAUGGAGAUAUUGAAAAGUCCGAGGAAUCUGAGAAAUCCACUUCUGAGGUCCACGAUGAUGCGGAGCAGGAAGCCAGUUCUUAGAGAAAUCUAAGCAGCUGUUUUUUUGGUUGAAGUUGGUGUGUACAGAGGCGUACAGUGAAAGAAAGUGGUUAAAUCAAUAAUCAUAUUGGACAACUUUAAUUAGGAGUAGAUUUUUACUCUAAUGUUUUAGAGUAUCAGUACAGUAGGUUUUUGAUGUUGCUUACCUAGCAACAGCCCUUUCGCACUCUAACUGUGCUUACGCUACUGUUCUUUAUGCAUUGAAAUUCACAGUUGUGCUUUGGAACUUCUUUGGCAACACUUUGUGGAAAUAUAUGGUCCUUCUAUAUUAUACUUUGAUUAA